AAGCAUUUGGUUGAUAAACCAGAGUCUGAACUUACUACGCAAAUUUGUCUCAACGAUGCGACAGAACGCUUCAGCGUCUGCCGCGGCGGUGUCAAAACGUUUUCAGGCAUCCAUCAAAUUCAAAACUGCACUAACGAGGCUCUGGCUCCCAUGAAAUACUUAUAGACGAUAGUGUGGACCUAUCGGUCGUUCGGCAGGUCCUGAUGCAGCAGUAAUGUUUCGCGAUAGUCUGAAGUCGAGCCUUCUUUUGGCCGUUGUGUGAGAUGAGCAGCGUGGAGACGAAGAACGACGGCCCCUCUGGGCCGCCUCCGCCAUCAGACAAGGCCGCGCGCCUUGUUUCCUCGAGCAGAUGGGUUGACGUCGGUGCUCUAAAGGAUACCAGACACCCCUGGUAUGGCUACAAACCAUGUCGCACCGCGGCCGGAAAAAAGUAUUUGUGGAGGAUGCCGCCGAACACAAUGAAGCAUAAGGAACGGAGGGGGACAGGAACAGUUGCAGGCCUCGUUGCCAUCGAUUCGCGCCACGCAGCGCCGCUUGCUGUGCCGGACUUCGCGCAAACAGGAAAACUACUGCGAAACCAUCUCCAUGCCGAAAAGAAUCGCGAGCGAAGAGAACUAGCCGCGAAGGCAGAAAAGUACCAACACCAGCUCCGACCGCAGAACUGCGGGGCUGCCCCAUCAUCAUCAUCAUCAUCAUCAUCAUCAUGGGCCUCGUCUUCAUCUUCCUCUUCGUCCAUGAGUAGGCGCCCUCUGCAAGUCCCUGCAGCUUUUCACACCCGUGAAGAGGCAGCCGAACCGUCAACGUUUUUUUCUUCGGCCUUCUCAGCAAGAGCACCGAGCGGCGAAACGCCACCAUUGUGGGCGAUCGAGGACGGGUUAAAGUCAUUUUCUGCUUCCGCCCAAUACGCAGCAAACGCGAUGUCACAUGCGACGGCAGGAUCAGAUCUUCAAGAUCUGAUCCUGCCGUCGCAUGUUCCAACACCAACGAGCAAUGACAUCCCGGAUGACGUUCAUUGCAUCGAGCUCAUCGAAGUAAUAUGCCGUGUCAAGAAUUUUCUUUUCUCGCCACAGGUGCUGCCACGAUGGUCACCCGAGAGGAAUAGGGCAUGCGCUAUCACUAGGUUUAUUCGCUUUGGCCAGGUUAUUUCCGUUUGUACUAGAGCCUCUACCUCUAGUUUUGUGGCUCGUUGACUGCGUGCAUGGCUUCUAUAGGUGCAAAAGAACAAGCGCACGGAAAGAAAACAACUGCACGGUGAUAAGUGAGUCGAAACAUCGAUCUAGAAACCCACCUCUUGCCUCCUGAAUUCGUCGCGAAACUUCACAAGCCGCACAGGUCCCACAAGGGAUUGCUGAAAUCGUUGAAAUGGUACAGCGGCAGUCACAGUGCGACACAGACAUUAGCGAACGUCUGCAAUCCAUCCGGUAUGGCUUUCGUGUGUUUGCUUUUUGAGAUUAUUUUUUUUUGACUGUUGAUCAUCUGGUUGUACGCAAAUAAAGCGCACACCCGAAUAUUCAAUGAUGUGUGAAUUUCUUGGAGCCCAUGUACGAGCACAAAAAACUACAUUCCCACCUACGAUACCGACACGUAAGACAGCAACAAAUGUUGCUCCUUUUUCAUAUAUAAAACAGCACACAACCAGCCAGAAUCGCCAUGGUUGUGCAGAAGUUUUUCCGAGAUACGCAACUACUUCGAUCGAGAACGAGAUCUACUUGCUGCGGCUGCCCGUACUAAUUCAGAGGAGAGCGAACUAUCGCGCGAGGAUAUUUUGUUCAACGAGAUUUUUACUUAUUUCAAAGAGCGGGCCGUCUUGGUGUGGUUGUUACGACGAAUUCGAGAUGCAGAGCGGGGCAGCGCCAGAAAAAAUACUGCGAAUAACGCGAAUGCAAAUCAGUCACGCUGCUGCGGACUAACGCGAAUGCAAAUCAGUCAAGAACAAGCUCUAGUGCAAGAACACUGCUCAAGAACGAUCACGACUGCACCCAGCUCGCUACUAGAGUUAUAUCUCCCGAAAAAUUCCAGAGUUGCAGUCAGCCGCGACUGCGGAAAAUUAUCGAGGUCCUGAUAAUAGAACCGUGAAGAUUUUAGAAGCGCAAUUUCAGCAGCACAAGCACGAAGUAGAACAAUUCCGACAAUUGCGUUUGCGAAUGCCCCUCCUAUAAAAUGAUUUAUUCCGUUCAGAAGACAAGUGAAAGCAGGAUAAGUAGAAGCGGGCCCGCGGCCUGAUGUUCACAAACACAACCACAAUGCGCUGCGUUGGGUAGCCCAGGGGCUCUUUCGC